UUAUUUCUAUUUCUCUUAAUGCGUGUUCAAUGCUUUUCUGGUUGUUCACAUUGGGUUUCGGCACCCUCUGAAAGCCUCACAGACUUUGAAUGGCGCAGGCCACUGCCUGGUUUGAACUUAAAGAAAACAGAACAUUUCCAAAACUUGGCCGACCAAUCAAAAGAGAGAGAGAAAAGAGAGAGGGAAGCAGAGAGCUGAAAAAGUAAAAGCAAAGAGGAAAAAAUAAGCUACACCGAGUAAGAGCGAAAAGAGAGAGGGGAGGGGAGGAGAGGCCCUGUGACCUCAUGUGACAUGUGACGUGGGCUCCUCCACUCACGGAGGGGAGUUGGAGGAUGGCGAGGACGCAAAGAGAGCUGUGGCUUUAGCCGGCGCUAGCUAACACUGACGCUCCAGUCAGGUCACCACCGUGGGACACCACGUCUCCUGACAGAGAGAGAGAUUACCUGGCUAACCUCAGAGCCCCUGCCCACUGACGGACCGGACCAGCACAGCACCACACCUCCCUGCCACCCCACCGUGGCCUGCUAACAAGACGUCCAGACCUGAUACAACAACGGUUGGUCGUUAUCGACUGUAGAGAGGGCUGACGACGGCUCUGGCACCACUUCAGCCACGAGGACAUGGCUUCCAACAGCAUCUUUGACUGCUUCGGGAACUACGGCCCCACUCUACUGAGAGACCCUACCACCACCAGACGGUUCACACCGCCCUCCACGUCGUUCCCCUGCAGCAAGAUUGGAGACGGCAGCGGGACCAUGGGCACCCCUGGACCGCUGAGGACACGACCCGAGGCCAGGAAUGUGGUGGACGUCCUGUCAGACCACGCUGGCGAACUGGUCCGGACGGACAGCCCAAACUUCCUCUGCUCCGUGCUGCCCUCACACUGGAGGUGCAACAAGACACUCCCUGUGGCUUUCAAGGUUGUCGCACUCGGUGAUGUGCCCGACGGGACUUUGGUCACAGUGAUGGCGGGGAACGACGAGAACUACUCAGCGGAGCUUAGGAACGCGUCUGCGGUGAUGAAGAACCAGGUCGCCCGCUUCAACGACCUGCGGUUCGUGGGCAGGAGCGGACGAGGAAAGAGCUUCACUCUAACCAUCACAGUCUUCACCGGUCCCCCUCAGGUGGCCACCUACCACCGUGCCAUUAAAGUGACUGUGGAUGGGCCCAGGGAACCCAGACGUGAGUACUUACAGGGACACAGGGUGAAGAUGGAGGACCCCCAAAAGAUGCAGUUCUCUGAUAGGUUGACAGAGAUUGAGCGCUACCAGCGGGCCAGCCUGAGGAUGGGGCCUGGUAACCCCCAGCCCCGGCCCAUGCACCAGAGCCACCUGGGGCCCUCUACCCAGUCCCAGAUACAAGCCCUGUGGUCUGACCAGAUUGACCCACCAACUCUGAAGACAUGCAAGGUGGAGGACGACCUCAGAUGGUCAAGUCCCACCGCUGACCUCUUCCCCCAGAGGACCACCUUCCCUUCUCUGUCCCCGCUGACCGACCCCCGUUUCUCAGACCCACGUAUGCACUACCCAGGGGCCUUCACCUACUCAGCCAACCCCUCCAGCACGGGCAUCGGAGGCCUCAGUGUGACAGGCAUGUCCGCCUCCUCCCGCUACCACACCUACCUGCCCCCGCCCUACCCUGGAAACCAGAACCAGGGCAGCCACUUCCAGUCCAACUCCUCCCCCUACCACCUGUACUAUGGCACCGGGUCCGGCUCCUACCAGUUCUCCAUGGUGGGCCCGACCGGGGGUGAGCGUUCCCCCACCCGCCUGCUGCCUUGCUCUGGAGUCUCAGCCUCUGGAGGGGGCAACAGCCUGAUGAACCAGGGCCUGAACAACCAGAGCGAGGGGGUGGAGGCAGACGGCAGCCACAGCAACUCCCCCACGGCCAUGAGCGGCUCUGGACGCAUGGACGAGUCUGUCUGGAGGCCUUAUUGACUGUCAGACAGCUAGAGGAAAUGCAGGAGAGAGAAGAGAGAAAGAGCAAAAGUAAAGAAGAUGAACGAACAAAAAAAGAUGAAUCCUCCCCCCAAAAUAAAUGCUGCAUGUUUGUAUUUUAUUUCUCGCGCACUCGCUUCGUACCCUUUUCCUAGUUGACCAAAGACAUUCACUGUCUGUCAGGAUGCCAUGGCCAGAGAUUGCCUUUAUGCAAGCCAUGGGUAUAUCCUGCACUGUGACAGAGACUACUCUCUGAGGCUCUGAAACCAUACAAAUCUCAUGCUUUUCAAUUGAUGAGUAAGAAAUGCAAAAUAACUGUAAAUAGAUGUUAUGGUGUUAGAACAAAAAGCCAUAGUAAUAUAUCAGGAUCUUUUGAAAAACAGGUACAUGCAUACCAAAGACUAUGAAAGGCAAAACCUUCAUAGCCAUUCACUCUAUGUAGCUGAUGAACUGAAAAAAUGCUAGUGCUAUUGUGGUUAACUAGCCAACAUGACCAAAACGAUCCUUUUCCCUCAGAUGACAGUACCUUUCUUGGCAUUACAAGCUAAGCAUCCAGACCAGUGACUGUACUGCCUCAACGGCCUUUCACUGUCAGGUGAUAACAGAGGUCAAAUAUGAUGUUUGCUUCACGAGUGUCUCAGAACCUGCCCUAGAUGGCUUGUGGCUGUAUUGCUAAUGUAACAUAACAGUUGAUUCUGAAGCUUUUAUUUGGUGUGAGGUUUGGAGAUUCACCCUUCAGUCCAUGAAACAUCAUUAAAAACAAUACAUGGUCUCAAAGUAAUUCUGCAUUGCUUGACAAUUUAAUGUACUAUUUGUACUGAUGUCCGAGUGAAGCUUCCCUGUAAAGUUGUUAAUGUAUUGAUAAUCUAUGCAGUAGAAUAGCUGAUAUUUUGAAGACUGUACAGGACAUUAGCAGAUAAUUUUUUUUUAAAGCAGGAAUUUUAUGGAUUCCUUUUGUUUUAGUUUGUUGGACUGUUUUCUUUAUUUUGACUUAUGAUAUAUACACUGAGUGUACAAAACAUUAAGAACACCUGCUCUUUCCAUCACAGACUGACCAGCUGAAUCCAGGUGAAAGCUAUGAUCCCUUAUUGAUGUCACUUGUUAAAUCCACUUCAAAUCAGUGUGGAUGAAGGGGAGAAGGAUUUUUAGGCCUUGAGACAAUUGAGACAUGGAUUGUGUAUGUGUGCCAUUCAGAGGGUGAAUUGGCAAGACAAAAUAUGAAAGUGCCUUUGAAUGGGGUAUGGUAGUAGGCUCAUCGGUUUGUGUCAAGAACUGCAACAUUGCUGGGUUUUUCACGCUCAACAGUUUCCAGUGUGUAUCAAGAAUGGUCCACCACCCAAAGGACAUCCAGCCAACUUCACAAAACUGUGGGAAGCAUUGGUGCCAACAUGGGCCAGAAUCCCUGUGGAACGCUCUCAACACCUUGUAGAGUCCAUGGCCCGACAAAUUGAGGCUCAAUAUUAGGAAGGUGUUGUUAAUGUUUUGUACACUCAGUGCUUUUUUUUCAUUCUGUAUGCAAACUGUUUUAGUAUAGUAUGUUUGAACUGGAUAACACAGUUUACUUUUUUAUAUUUAUUUGAGCCAAAUUUAAGGAAAUGUUCACUUAUGCCCAAAAUCAUUUAGCAUUCUCUCCAACUUCUCUUUUUAUAUAACUAUUUUGUUCAUUUGUUGUUUAAUAUAAAAAUUUGAAUCUGUGUAAUAUAUUGCUCCUAAAUUAUGAAAAAAAUACACUUCUAUUGUUAUUAUUUUGUAUUCCAAUGUAGCGUAGAUGCACUAAAAACUUUCAUGAUAUUCCACCAUCAGAACCACAGAUCUCAGCAUUCAUUUCACCAAUCACGUUACUUAUAAAGAUUAAAGAUCCCCCCCAGCCUCCUUAAGGACCCAAAGUCAUCGCAAAAAAAAAAAAAAUUGCACUGUUCUAAACAUUCAAUUAUCAUAAACUUUUACGUACACAGAUGUUCCUUUCAGAGAGAGAAAAAAAUGGUUAAAUACCUAAGGCACACAGUUGUCAAUCCAACCCACAUUAUGUGGCUAUGCAGAUCUUGUUUCUUUGUAUAUCAGACAAAGAUACUAACCUGCACGAAGAACGACUGAAACCUCAGACAUUAAUUGGCUUAAUCUCAAACCAUUUUGGCAUGUCUGAAUAAACUGACUCACAAAACAUUAGAGAUGAAGUGAGCUCAUUUUCAAAUGCACACACACACACACACACACACGCCGCUCAUAUGAGAACAAGCUUCUGAUAUCCUUACUAGAACCACAGUAGAUUGAGCAGUGACAGAGGUAAAGGUACAGGUCUGCACAUUCUCAAGGGCCUUUCCCCAUGCUGUCUCAGUCAUGAUCCCUGUACCCCAGGGGGACACCUAGAGUAGGGAUGAAGAUAAGGGAGGUCAAAGUGGGAUCCUCUUACCAACAACAUGGGCAAUCCUAACAAAAAAACAAGCCCCUUUGUUCUUCAUGAGCUGUGAGUCCUUUGAAGCCUUUAUAAACGGGAUCUCUCUCCAUCCUAUUGUAAUUUACUGCUCAUUAGUGCCAGCAGCUCAGGGCUCUGCCCAGGAUUAAGAUGUUGUCAGGACAGAGCAUCUUUGUAUGAGCUGUGUUAAAGCCACUUAAUUAAGUCAUGGUGUCAGGUGUCUCAUGUUACAAACUGGCAGAGGUUUUUUUGUGAUAAGGAGGAGGAUGAGACUUAUUGGGGCUUCUUGGGAGCCCAUGUUCUACCAUUUAGGGAUGGUUAAUCACAUACAGUAUCUACUUCCCUAUGCCUUAUUCUUGUUCAAGACCAUCAAUAAUAUCAAUAUUCAUUCCUAUCUCCUGGUGAGUGGAGGGAAAACAUUGCAUGUCCUAGACUGUGUUCCUACUCAUCCCUUUGGGUUUGAAGGCCUAACUUUAGAUUGGGCAAAAUUCAUGCAGCUAUGAGAAACCAAAGAUGUACCUGAUAUGAUGUGGUUAUAUCAAAACCAAAAGAAAUGCCUGUAAUAUUGUUCCAUUGCAAGUUUGGAUCUGUUGUUUUACACAAAUUGUUUGUGGUAACUUUUGUAAAGCCUUGGUUGGUUUCCAAGAUCUGUCGAAAACAUGUCCACAACUCUUAUGAAAGAGGUUGUGUGUAUAUCAUAUGACAUUUGCAAAACAGGGAGGCCAAAUGAUACAAUUUAAUUGUAUUUUAUUUUGUGUUGGAUCUUUUGAUGUUUAUUUUAAAGAAGCUCCUCUUCAUUUUGUUAUACCAUAAUGUUAAUUCAUUUUGUUAAACCAUAAUGUUAAUUCAUUUUGUUAUACCAUAAUGUUAAUUCAUUUUGUUAUACCAUAAUGUUAAUUCAUUUUGUUAUACCAUAAUGUUAAUUCAUUUUGUUAUACCAUAAUGUUAAUUCAUUUUGCUCUCUUUCCUUUUUCUUAAUGCUCAAAGCAUGUAUGUCUGAAGCUGAUAUGUUAAUUUAAUUUUCAUCCAUGUAAUAUCUUUAAAGACUGUAUUAAGUGCUUGUAAAGUGUGCGGAUAAUGUAGUUUUUAACAAUUUUCAUUAAAAAAAAACAUCAAUUUCA